ACUUACAAAUACACUAAGAUAUAUAGUCUAACUCUCUGCUUUUCUUCUUCAGUAAAAAAAAAACUCUGCUUUUCUUUAACCCAUUGACCCACUAAUCAUUUGAAAUUAUCUCCGAAUGGCUCAAAAAAGCAAGAUUUUGAUAAUUGGAGGGACUGGAUACAUUGGAAAAUACAUAGUGGAGGAAAGUGCGAAAGCUGGGCACCCCACUUUUGCAUUGGUCAGAGAAAACACAACUUCUAAUCCAGAAAAGUCUAAGCUCAUUGAGAGCUUCAAGAGCACUGGAGUGACACUUCUCUAUGGAGACAUAUAUCAUCAUGAAAGCUUGGUGAAGGCAAUCAAGCAAGCUGAUGUAGUGAUCUGUGCACUUGGAUCACCAGAACAGAUAGCUGAUCAAGUGAAGAUUGUUGCUGCCAUCAAAGAAGCUGGAAAUAUCAAGAGGUUCUUCCCAUCUGAGUUUGGAACUGAUUUCGAUCGUGUCCAUGCGGUCGAGCCAGCUGCACAUUUUUUCGGGGUCAAGGCCAGUGUGAGGAGAUCAAUCGAGGCUGAAGGAAUUCCAUAUACCUACCUUGUGUCCAAUGGCUUUGCUGGCUACUUUUUACCCAACUUGGGAAAUGUACUUACAAGUGCCACAGCUCCUCCUAGGGACAAAGUAGAAAUAAUUGGAGAUGGAAACCCCAAAGUAAUUUUUGUCAAGGAAGAAGAUAUUGCGACUUACACCAUAAAAGCAGUGGACGAUCCAAGAACCUUAAACAAGAUCGUCUAUCUUAGACCCCCUGAAAAUAUUUUGUCCAUCAAUGAGAUUGUCUCCCUAUGGGAAAAGAAGAUUGGCAAGACCCUUGAGAAGACUUAUCUUUUAGAGGAUCAACUUCUGAAGAAAAUCCAAGAGUCUUCUAGUCCUUUAAACCUCAACCUAUCCAUUGUUCACUCUGCCUUUGUAAAGGGAGAUCUUACAAACUUUGAGAUUAAGGCUUCUUUUGGCGUGGAGGCUUCAGAACUUUAUCCAGAGGUGAAAUACACCACUGUGGAUGAAUACUUGGAUCAAUUUAUCUAAAACUUGGAACAUUCUUUUGUGGCAAUGUGUUAUCUUACAGUGUACAAUAAAAAUAAAACAUCUGUCGUCUAUGUGGCAUUUGUUACUUGUUGGUUAUGCCUUUGUUUGUGUCGUGUAAACCCUUGGAUUGGGUCCUUAAUUUGUAGCUUUGUUUUCUAGUCAAUAUGUUAGUCAAAUUGUGCAUCUAGUAAUGAAAAUUUCAAAAAUCCUUAUUAUGAGGU